AUGUCUUCCGGCUUUGUAUCAGGCGGAACCACCGAUGCGCCCAUCGAGCGCAGUGAUGAAUGGCUCGCAGCGCAAGCCGAGAUUGACGCCAACCGGGCGCGCAAAGCCGCCGAAGCCCAGCAGCAAUCCUCUGGGCGGAGUCUGUACGAGGUUCUCGAAGCCAACAAAGCGGCCAAGCAAGAAGCAUUUGAGGAGGCCAACCGGCUAAAGAACCAGUUCCGGGCGCUGGACGAGGACGAGGUGGAGUUUCUGGACUCGGUGCUGGAGAAGACGAGGGCGGAGGAGGAGCGGGUGAGGAGGGAGACGGCCGAGGGAUUGCAGCUCUUCCGGCGGCAGCAGGAGGAGGCGGAUAGGAAAGCGCGGGCGGCGGGGGGAGAGCAGAGUCCCGACGAGGUGACGGCGGCAGCGGCAGUGAAGGAGGAGGAGCAGUGGAUUGCAGCGGGCAGGAAACGGAAACGUGCGAAGGAGAAGGAAGGGCUCAAGGGGGUGAAGAUCCGGAAAUCAUCAUCGUCCACCCUCGAGCCAGCAGCAGUUGCGGCUUCACCAUCUCCCGCGAAGGAGCAGCAGGCCGAGGAGACGAAGCCUGCGAGCGUGCCGCAAGAUGACCAGCCGGAUCUGAAGUCUAAAACUUCGAGUCCUGCGCCUGUCUCUAAAGCAUCCCCAGCUGCCCCGAAAGCUGGACUGGGUUUGGUGGACUACGGCUCGGAUGAAGACGACGACUGA